AUGGCAUUCUUACUGAGGCACUUCUUCCCCAAGAACCCAUCCUUUGGGUACGAGGCCCUGCGAGCCGCCGGGUACGCCAACUGCGGCGCCGCAGACAUCGCGGAAGUCAUCGCCAUCUGCUCCCUCAUCAAGUCCGGCGACGAGGACGGCUGGCAGCGCGAAUGGAGGCGAGCCGCCGACCGCGCCGUCGCCAAUGCCAAAACGAGCCUGGCCAAUGGCAACGGGCCCGGCGCCAGAGACGCGCUUUUGCGCGCCUCCAACUACUACCGCACGGCCGAGUUCUACCUUCGCGAGGACCCUUUCAACGACGGCAAGUCCAAAGAGCUCGCGCAGCUCAGCAGCCAGGCCUUUUACUCGGCGGCGGACCUCAUGCCGCACGCGACAGAGAGGAUCAGCAUCCCGUACGAGGAGACCACGCUGCCGGGCACGCUGAUGCGUCCGGACAAGAGCGGCGACCCGAGACCGACUAUCAUCGUCAACGGCGGGUUCGAUUCGACACGCGAGGAGCUCGGCUACGCGGUCGCGGCGGCGGGCGCGGCCCUCGAGCUGGGCUUUAACGUGCUCGCCUUUGACGGGCCGGGACAGGGCGAGGCGCUGCGCGAGCAGAGACUGUGCUUCCGGGCCGACUGGGAAAGGGUCCUGUCCCCCGUGGUGGACUAUACGCUGUCGCAGACAUGGUCGGACAACGACAGGCUCGUCGUCAUGGGCGUCAGCAUGGGCGGCUACCUGGUCGCGCGCGCGGCGGCGUUUGAGCGCCGCGCCGCCGCGCUCAUCCUCAACGAUGGCGUGUACGACUUUGGCAGCGCGUUUCGCAGGGAGACGCCCGCCCUGGGGAGGUUCCUGAUCCGGCACGGCUGGGACGGCACCAUGAACUCGCUCAUUCGACUGUAUAUGCGCUGGGACACGGGGUUCAGAUGGGGCAUCCUGAACGGCAAAUGGGUCUUUGGCGUGGGCUCCGAGGUGGAUGUCCUGCGCGCCGUCGAGAGCUACACGCUUGAGAUGGCGGCGGAGGAAGAGAAAGAAGGACAAGGGGAGAGGCUGGUGGACCGGAUAAAGACGCCGGUGCUCGUGCUCGACGCGCCGGACGACCACUUCCUCCAGGGCCAGCCGAGGGAGCUGUUUGACCGUCUGUCGUGCGACAAGGUGUUUGCCCAACUGACGAGGGAAGAGGGUGCGAGCGCCCACUGCCACAUGGGAUCGGGGUCGAGGCUGAACCAGGUCAUAUUCGACUACCUGCUCCCGCGCCUGGGCAUGUCGUCGGGCUGUCGGGAGGGUGGUGGUAUUUCUAGGGCCUCCGGGUAG